AUGAUGGAGCCACGUAAACCUCGAACACAUCACCAUCACGAACCACCCACUCCGACGUUGGAACAACAGCUGGUUCGUCUUUGUGAUAAAAAACUGACGGUGUCCCCAAGCACAACACAGACAGAGUCGUGGAUCAUAAGGACAGACAUUCAGUCAAUAAUCGAGACGAUAAGGGAAUUUUGUUCUCGGAAGGUGGCGACCGAACUUAUCGCAGACGAGAAAAGAGUCGAGCUAUUCAGUGCACAAUUUUUUGAAUGUGUCAAAAAGCUCCCGACUAAACAAGGUAAUUACGCCUAUUUACUCUUCGCGAUGAGUAAAAACGAUGGAUUGAAAAGUUGUUCGAACAACAUUUUGAAAAAGUUUAUAUCUGAAUUUGGGAAUGGAGGGAAAGUCGAGUUUAGAGAAUUCAAAAACAAAAUGAGGUUUCUGGCUGAACUGUCGAAUCUCACAAUGGUGUCGAAAGCGUGCGUGAAAACCAUUUUCGAGGAACUUGUGAAAGGAGUUGUUGGUGAGAGAAGUGAGAGUAAAGACUAUUUGGCGAUAGCACUGUUGAUAGCAGUGAACUAUUUGAGAGAUGAAGAAGUUAGAAAGAGUGUUGGAAGUGUUUUGAAGACAUACUGCGAGAAGAAAAGAGAGAUAAAUAAAGGAAAGAUCAUUGAAAGCAACAACGAAUCAUAUUUGGACUUUUUGAUGAGAGGGUAUCUUCAGUGCAAUGAGGAGCAAUGUACAAAUAAGUUGUUUGAGUAUGGGAAGUUUGAGAAUUUGAAAGAAAAGAUGGAAGCCGAUGAGAUCCCUGUUAUUGUUCUACCAGAGUUGGUUGGAAAGGAUAUUGUGUUUGCUGAGAUUUUGAAGGAAGAAGGUACGUUGAAUAAUGAACCAAAGAAAAUGGAAGAGGAACCACCAAAGAACGAACAAUUACAAAGCAAUAAUGAGAAGAAAGAACAACCGACAAAUGGCGACACUGAAUCCAAAGAGGUGUUGACAAACAAUAUGGAGAUAAUAACUGAAAAGAGCGUGAAAGUGGGGUUUGAAAAAUAUUUGCUUAUUGACGGUAUGAUUGAUUGUGUCUUUGCAUAUUAUAGCGACUCUCCAUUGUUGUUACAAAGUUUACAAACGAUGAGUGUUGAUAAAGUCAAUUACAACGAUAUGUGCAAUGUGCUAUUUUCAAUUUACUUGAGUGGUGUUUUGAAGAUGGGGAAGAUGCUUUUGACGAGUUUUAGUCAGGUACUCUUAUACAUGUCUGAAAUGUUCAUGCCAAUUACCAAAACCGAAUUUGAGAUAUUUGGUAAUAUCGAAGAUUACACCAUCAACGCGAUAAAUUUGUUUUCUCGAUAUUUUAGUAUGAAGUACAUCCACAUGAAUUUGGAAUUUUCAGAUGUGUUCUGGAGGAAGGUUGACGAAAGAAUCAAAAAGGGGAAGAAGAGCGACUAUUUAUGGACACUCUUUUUCAACGAUCUGUCAUUGUUUGAUGCACGACGCAUUCAGAGCGACAUGUUGGACCAGAAAUAUUUAGUUGAGAAAGUUAAAACGAAAGGAAGAAAGACUUUCUCUGUUGAUGAGAAAGAAAAGAAUUUGUACGACAUUAUUUCUGAGGAAAUCAACAAUGGAGUUAAACUGAGUGAAGUGGAAGAGAAGGUGAAGAGUGUUGUUAACGAGGAUGUUACCCCUGAGGUCUUAAUGAAAUACGUAUUGAACAACUACACCAGUAAAAUUGGGGACUUUGAUAAGUUUGUUGAGAAGAAUGCGAGUGAAAUCAAAGAGAAAUUUUUCAAGGAGAAGUUCGUAUUUUUCGACUUAAUUGAUGAGAUGAAUGCCGAAUGCCCGUUUGAGACUGUCAUUGAAAUCAAACGACUCAUUCACUACAAUGUUGCGAAUUUGGGGGAUGUGUUCGAGUGGGUGUGUGGUAAAGUGUCCAAAUGCACAGAAGGGAUUCACUAUGUCGAGUUAAUGAUUUACAUCACGCAGCUCGAUGGAAGUGUGAAAAACACAAUCAUCAAAGCGUUUGAAGACGAAGAAACAAAGCAUACCGACCAAUUUGAAAAAGAUGUGAUUGUUGGAGAUAAGGAAUUCUACUGCAAUUCACUUUAA